AUUACGUCCACAUUGGAGCUGGUAAGGAUCCCGUUGAGAAUGUCAUUCAAUCCCGUCAUUCUCUUACAAGAACGACAAUGUGCUCCCAUAUACGAUGACAUUGAUACUGGAAGAAAUUCAGCGGCCGUAAAACGAUGUGAUGAUCUUUUGACCCAACAGCCCAAUCUACACUUGGCAUCUUCUUUGAAAUCGAUAGCUCUUUACAGACAAGGAAAGAAGAAAGAAGCAAGCGAAGUGGCGGAUAAGCUAAUAGAACUAUCAGAAAGCUCUCUUAAUAGCUCAAUUUUGGCACCACUAUGUAUGACACUUCAAUCUUUAGGGCGGGAUCAAGAUGAAGCUGAUCUACUGGAAAAGUACAGUAAAGCACAACCCGGAUCGAUCGAAUGGACAAAGAAAGCAUGCACAUCCUUCAUUCGAACCAAACAAUGGCAAAAAGUUCAACAAACAGCAUUGAAAAUCCAUAAAAUGGUAUCAACCAAGAAAGCCACGGAUGAUUUGUACUUCUGGUGGUCGAUGCAAGCUUAUUGUUUAAUUGCAAAUGAUUCGUCUCUUAUGGGCUAUGCUUUAGCACUUCCAUUAGCUCAUAGGAUGAUCUCAAAGCAAUUCGAGACGAAGCCCCUUAGUCAAAACUCUGAUGAAAUUCUCUAUCUUUCGGGAAGGAUUAUGCAAAAGGAAGGUGAGAAAGCUUGGCAAGAAGCAUUAACGCUCUUAAACGAAAGCGAGACAGGCAAGGCUCUUUGUGCAAAAAGUCUCUCCCUGCAGGCUCUUCGACAUGAUUUGAGGCAAAGUACAGGGCAAUGGAACGUGAUCAACACAGAAGCAAUCAAAGCUUUGGACGAUGGAAUGCGGAAUUGGCAAGCGGUGGAAGCGGCAGUGGAAUCCGCUUUGGCAAUGGCCGAAACGACAUCCAAACCCGCCUCAAUACGAUUCGUGGAGGAAAAGUUUCUCAAAUUGGCAAGGCAGGAUAAAAGAGACAGAACCACACGUCUAGCACCUCUAUAUCUACUCAAACAGACAACAGAGAGAGAGCAACAGUAUGCCUUGCAAACGAUCAAUUUUGUACAACUCUUCAGUUCUUAUUUUGACGAUUUCAAAGGAAAAGGAUGUGCAUACGAAGACUUGGAAGUGUAUCUCUCACUUGCGACUGGGCAAGAGAGACAAACAAUAUCACAAAAACUUGAUGAGGAGGAGAAUAAACUUCAAUCUGACAAGCCAAUGUCGUCUCUGGAUGAAUUGUAUGGUCUACUGAACAUUGCGAAAUUGAAGAGAGCUAUGCAGGAUGUCACAAAGAUUGAUGCUGCUUCAGAGGAAGCGCUCGCACUCUCGUAUGCGCAAUUGUACGCAAAAUCUCUACCGAUGAGUAAGGAUUUGCCAAAGACAGAGAUGCAACCCGGGGACGAUUUUGCCUUAUUGACGGUGCAAGCUUUGGUUCAUGCAAGCUCUAUACGGCGAAAAAGAGAUGACAAUGAUUGGCAAAAAACUCUAUUUCUGGCCAGCACGGUGAUGAAAGAGGGUUUGAAGCAUUCUCCCAAAGCAUACAAGCUACGGAUUUUGCAAGUUCGCUUGUUACUACAAUUCGGAUCUGUCGAUCAAGCUAGGUUACAAUUUGAAUCUCUAGGGAUCAAAGCUGUGCAAUAUGAUACCCUUGGUUGGAUCUUGGCUCACAGAUAUGCACAUUCGACUUUGUUGCUGCCUCCCUCAUCGGAAGAAGAACGUCAAUGGCUUAUCAGCAUGCGUCAAAUGCGUAACGUAUGGCAAGAAGGCAAGACGCAGGUACCCGAAAUGGUAUGCAGGGCUAUGGAAAACGGAACAUUCUCCAGAGUGGAAGAGUUGCUUUUGUUUGGGGAAAAGUUGACAAGUUCUAUCGCAAGGCAAUUGCAUCUGAUUGAAGCGGCGAGAUUAGAACUGAUGAACAUAAAUCCCGGCAUCCGUGAAGAAGUGAUCAAAAAUGAACUACAAGAAGCUAGAGAGAAAGUUUCGGCGAACACACUCUACGAUCAGAGAGACAAAAGUGUGAUCUUGAACCUUUUACCGCCCCAAGCAGAUGACAUCAUUGUGCAAACCGAGCCCACCUCGACUGCGAAAGAGCCAAACGAGGCCUAUGUGCGAUCGAUGAUAUCUGUACUCUCAAGCACACUACUUUCAUCUCAGAAGGACGACGACGAAAAGAGCAAGAGGGUUUUGAAGUACGAUGCAAGCGAAAUCUCUGCAGACGAGAAAGAUUUAGUAGACAUCACCACUUUACUGAAUGAUCAAGCAAGCUCGGAGGAGGUACUACAACGUCUUGAUGACAUGGUGAAGAGGAUAUCCAUUCCCAAUCAACUACCAAGCGCAACAUUCCAUAGUGCUUGCAUAGCUUUUGAGACAUUCCGCUUCAUCACAUCGCAUGGUGGAUGUCCAGCUUCAGGUGAGGUGAAUAAUAGCCUUCGGAAAGUACGUGAUGCUUUGCAAGCAUAUGAUUGGCCUGCAAUCCCAGAAAAAAUUUCCGAUGAAUGGGAAGAUGUCUUUCACAGCAUACAAAAUGUUGGCGAAAUCAAAAAAUCAAACCGUUCUACUACAACACUUUCAUCUCUGAAAGACACCACACAAGAGAUCCUACGCGGUACUCAAAUGGCAGUGGAAUCAUUAAUCAGCAGAAUUGAUGCUGUAGUCCAAUAGAUCCAUACAAUACAACUAUGAUGAUGAGUUGCAGCUUUGUAUGGUGAAAUAGUUCCGCCGAGAACUGAUUUGAGAGUCUGUAUAGUUGUUGUGCCCGCAAGUAUUGCCAUUAGCAUGCUCAUGUCCAUCACUUUUGCACUCCUGCGUGAGUCCAAUGAUGAAGGAAAGAGUCAAGCAUGAAACUCAGUCAUUUUAGU